AUGGAGGUAAAGGUGGUCUUGGCGGUAUUGAUCCUGAAGCUGAGAGAUACGCUGAAUGAAGAAGGGAUAGCCAACAACAAAAUAAUGACAUGUCAACUGAAGCAGGUCCAGAAGUCUCUCGAAAACCUGCAAACCUUGUCAGACGACUUCGACAAGUCCCAGAUGUCAAGGGACUAUCUUCGUGUCCUGUAUGAAGUUGAGGAUAAAAUAGAGAAAUUCAGCUUCCGAGUUGCACGGCAAAGGAAACGGUUUGGUUUCUUAAUGAAUCAAACAUUCUUGUUCAAUAACCUCAACUCUUGCCGCAUGCUAAUACGAAAAUUAAACAACCUCAUGACCAAGAUUUAUUGUGUUCUGGAAAAUCAGCAUGCUGCAACCGACAUUAGCAGCAGCAUCACUUCAUCUUCAGCUAUUUGGCCAAUUCCAUCCACCCCGAGUCCCAAACGUGGGCCUUUGACUCGCACAUUCAGCACAAUCUCCAAUCUUGCUCCACAAAAGAAGAAACUAACAGUCAGCCUUUCUUACAACAACAAUAAUGUGUUGCCAAAUGUUCAUGACCAUCAAUGUUCUAAUGAAGUUGUUGCUAAACGUUAUGAUGACCUACGCAUCGACUUAAAACCUUGUUUGUUAUACUUGGCUCUUUUUCCAAAAUAUUAUAACGUUCCAGUACGGAGGUUGCUCAGGCUAUGGCUAGCUGAGGGGUUUGUUGAAAGAAACCCGUCUCCUGAGGAUGUUGUACAAAAACAUUUUGAAGAUUUGGUGGAUCAGGGUAUGAUUCAGAUAACCAAAUUCAGAUCUGACAACAGCCCUAAACAAUGUCGUCUAGUUCCUGUUUUUCAUGACUACCUGUUGCCAAAAGCCCAGGAUAUUGGCCUGCUUUACAUCCACCAUAAUUGGAAAAAUCUUGAGGAUGUUACGGGUCCCUUUGGCGUACGAAGGAUGAUUCCGCAAAUGGGACCCACAACAGGGGCUCUUACCAACAGCAACAGCGUUUGGGCAAAUAAAUUCAAUCCCUCUCUUUUGAGGUCUUAUGUGUCCUUUAACCGCCCACAUAAGGACAUGCCAGCAACAGAAGUAGGCCUGCUUUUGGGUAGAAUCGUUAACAGUGACUUUAGAUUACUAAAGGUGCUUGAUCUAGAGGGCGUUAACAAACCUACUCUACCCAAUAAGCUUGACCACUUAUAUCUUCUCAAGUACCUGGGACUAAGACGAACAUACUUGGAUCAUCUCCCUGAAUCAGUGGGCAAACUGUAUCAUCUAGAAACCCUAGACUUGAAGCACACCAAUAUAAACAGUCUACCAAACUCCAUUUGGAAGCUCAAACACCUUCGUUAUCUCAAUCUGAACAACGUUCGUCUCAGCAUGCCACCUAGCAUUUCCUCAACUCUUGUAACCCUCUGGGGAUUGGUUCUAGAUGACAAGAUAUCAGCAAAUGAACUUGAGGGUUUGCUAAUGUUGCUUCAUCUUAGAGAAUUAGGUAUUAAGUUCCAAUUAACCACAAGAAGCCAAGGUGUCUUGCUUAACUGGAUCCAGAAGCUAGUCGAUCUGCAGUCUUUGAGGUUGCUUUCUGUAAAUGGAUCAGGCCAAGCUUCAAAGCUAGUUUUGAAAACACUAGCGACCUUAAAUAAACUUUCUCAUCUUAACCUGUAUGGUAAUCUAGAAAGGUUACCAACUGCGAAUGAAUUCCCGCCAACAGUUAAGGUUCUCACAUUGUCAAUCUCUCAGCUAAACAAAGAUCCAAUGGAGACGUUAGGACAACUACCAUGUUUGAUUGUGUUGAGGCUUUUGGGUGACUCGUUCAUGGGAAAAAGAAUGGUCUGUCUUCGAGGAGGGUUUAAGCAACUCGAGGUGUUAAAGAUGUGGAAGCUGGAGGGGUUGGAGGAAUGGGAUGUAGAGGAAGAAGCAAUGGAGAGCCUCAAAGAAUUAGAUAUCAGAUGUUGCCAUAAGCUAAAGAACAUCCCAUGUAGACUACUCAUCAAACCAAAGCGCCUGGAGAUAUUAAAACUGACAGACAUGCCCGAUGACUUUGUGGACCGGAUCAAAAGAAGAAUAUCCACAGAUACUACUCUCACAGCCAAUUGACCAUGAGGAAGUAGUUCCCUUGAUCGCCAUGGAAGUGAACUCUAGUCACUAGUGUUUUUCAACAAGCUCCAAACUGCAGUCAGUCGCUAGUUCGUCAAGUGUUUUCUUGUGCAAUCUUUUAUUCAUACCAUU